AUGAAAGUGUGUACUAGUACAUCAAAAACACUGAGUGAUGAUAAAAAGAGCCAUAUAGGAGCAUACUGCGGUCCAGAUAAAAGAAAGGCUUGUGGAGGGGAAAUGGUCAUGAGUUUCUUGGCUGAUGUAGUGCCUCGUUCGCUUCUCCUUAAAGAGUUUCGGCCCAUUAAAUCCCCAAAACACCGUACAAGUCCUUUCUUUCCUCUUCUCAUUUUACGCGUUUCCAGCCCUAGGCCAAAAUCAGAUCGACGCCUCCCCUCCCUCGAUUUUCUCCCGAAAUCCCUCCUCGCCGGCGAACCCUUAGCCGCUGCCAUCCAUCAGCAACCGCCGGCGUCUCUCAACGGCCCCGCCAGGCCUCAGUCCGUUCACCUACGGCUGAGAUCCACCGUGGGCGCGAAUAUCCGUGAGCAGAUCCGCCCAGCAGCGAACCACCGUUGCGAGCUUCUUUAG